AACCUUCACGGUCAACAUCAACAUGACAACCCCAAAUUCAGAUUCGGUGAUAGUCGAGGUCGAAGCGCAACUGAAAGACAUUGUUCAAAACCUCUACAAUCUUAUUGUACAAGCAUAUGAUCACCAUGGCAACACGACACAAGAGGCUAUGAAGCGUGAGAUCCAGUCGCUGGUGCAAAACUUAGUAAAGUUAUCGAGGACUGCACCUUCUGUACAAAUCGAUAUACCACCUGAAGUCAUGUCCUAUGUCGAGAACUCCAGGAACCCUGAUAUUUUCACUCGCGAGUUUGUGGAAACUGUGCAGCGGAUGAAUCAGAUGCUGAACGGCCGCAUCGAUGCAUACCGUAUGUUGCAAGAGCAAUUAGCCUGGCAAGUCUCGAAUGCUAUCCCAGAGCUCAAAGAAGACGUUACCUCUGUGGUGGAAUCUACUGGCGGGAAAUUGCCAGCGUAGAUGCCUCUGCUUCACAUUCAUUAUUACCAGAACUAUUACUUGGAGUCCAGAUCAUCGUGGAACUCGACCGAUAUUGUAAACUCGUCCCGUGUUGCAUGCAUAGCCGGCCGAUCAACUGUCAGCAGAUUCUCGAUAAAGUCACAUAUUAUCUCUCUAUGACCGCACAACGGACUGGGGAGCUGUUCUUCGUGAUCACCCCUACAACGUAAAAGUAGAAUAGGUUUUGCUUCCGCAAUGCCGCGCAAUGAUCUCCCAAAAAGUACUACAGCAUUGAAGGAUAUUCUUCCAAUAGGAUAAAAUACAUUUUCGGACCGUCUUCUGAGGAAUAUAAAACCUGUGGUUAUUCGUGAAAGAGGGUCCUAAUAAGGUUUGCGGGGG